GCCCAGUUCAUUCUACUUCGUUUUAUCGCGGCGGCUGCAUGGCGACGAGAUCCCACAUUGGCCGAACGUCUUCAUGGAUGUCAAAAUGGCGCACGCGCGCCCCGACUCCUCUUCCCCAAUUUUGCUCGCGCUCAGGGAUUUGCUCGCCGACUGGGCGAGCGCCAAUUCGAGGGCGCUCAGGAGCGGACGAGAUCGCUCCGAGCAGAAUUGGGCGCAGCCGAGAAUGCUGGCGCGUCGUCGGCUCCCACGCGCCAAGAUUCGCAAGCGGCUGCCGCGCCUGGCCCACCGCGCCAUCGCGCGGGCUCCAUUCGACCGCGAGAUGCCGCCCUUGGGGGCACGAUCCAAAAUCGGGUCGGCCGCUUCUGCUCGAGAUGCCUCGAACGCCGCCAUUGCUUCCCACUGGGCCCCAGUCUCUCAAGGAAAGAAGAUCGACGCCCCUGCUGCCGAAGUUUGCCUCGGUAAGUUCUGUCCCGAGCUUGAUGCCGUGAACGUCCAGCCGCCGACCUCGGGGGCAUGGAGGGCCUCCUCCGCCGUCUCUCCCACUCUGGUCCUGGCCCCGACGGGCUACCUUGCGGAGCUCAUCGGGCAUC